AUGGCGAGAAAUCUUAAUUUUACUGAAAUAUUUCUUCUGCUGUUUUUGGUAAUAUCUGGCGUAUGUGGAAGAAUUUAUCGUCGAGCACCACCUUUAUGUGUGGGUCAUCGCGGAUUUCCCUCUAAAUAUCCCGAAAACACUCUGCUCUCUCUUCGUCAAGCUCUUUUAGUAGGAGCAGAUGCUCUAGAAUCUGAUGUACGUUUAACAUCCGAUGAUCAAGUAAUAAUGAUGCAUGAUCUGCAAUUGGAGACAACCACAAAUGGAACGGGAUUAAUAAAUGAACGUAAAUGGAAUGGAUACAUUGAAUAUCUAAAAACGACAAACGGAGGACAAUCGAUACCUAGAUUUCAAGAUGUGCUGAAAUUAUUGAUGGAGAAAGAGAAUCGAGAUGUCUUUGUGUUAGUUGAUAUCAAGGAUGAUAAUCCAAUUGAAAUAAUCCCUGCACUUGCAAAAAUAAUCAAUUCAUAUUCUCCAUACGAUUUUUCAUCACAACUUUAUUUUGGUCUCUGGAAUAUCACAUUUCUCCCAAUCACUCGAGAACUCCUUCCCAACAUCCCAAUCUCACAUAUCGGAAGUGAUCUUGAAAUUGCUCGACGCGACUGGUUUGAUAAAAUGGAAAAUUAUAACUUGGAGUUUGAAUUUGUAAAAAAAGACAAUACAGGUUUCGUGAAUGAUCUAAAGAAAAAAGGUAGAAGUUUAUUUGUUUGGACUGUUAACGAUGGAAAAGAUAUAAUCGAUGCAUUUCAAGGUAUUAGAAACAUAGAUGCAGUAUUAACUGAUCACGUGGAUAAAUGCUUGAGGAUCAGAAGUAACAUGUUUAGUUUUAGGAGAAUACGUGUUAAGAACAAGACUGUUGCGCAUUCUAGAAAUUUCAAAGGGAAAUUUGUAUAA